GGAGACAGAGGCUUUGAUGGCCUGCCCGGCCUGCCCGGUGACAAGGGACACAGGGUGAGUACAGUAACGUCACCACAUUUCUCAAGCACCUGCGUGUUUACCGCUCCGUAAAUGAGAAGGCCAUAGGCUAUUCUGAAAUGAAUGGUUGAGAGCCUCCAUCCUGUCUCAAGGAAAUGACCGGUGAAGCAGACAUGAAAUGAUCAGGAACUCCAUAUUCUCUCCCUCUACAAAACAUGACCUCCAGUUCCCUUCCUGGUUCACAGAAAUUGAGGGUCUGAUUUAAAGUCCCCUUCACCCUCAACCCCUAGCCUCACACCAAUAAAUAGUGAAAGAGAGAGAAUAUGGGUCCUAAUAUGGCCUGCAAUAUGUUCCCAAAACACUGGUCUUUUCUGUCUAAUAGUCUGACUCAUUCCAGAGGAUCUGAAGUGAAUUACAGGCAGAUUUAGUGUAGCAGGUGAUCCAUACUGGAUAAUCCGUCCUGUUGAACAAUAGACUAGUGUUGGUCUGAGAAACAGGCCUUGGACGUUUAUAGGCUUAUGGGUGAAACACUGUUUGAUAAGACCAAAUUGACUAAAAAUGAAACGACAGAGCUAUUAGGCUCAGAAACAGAGGGGGGAACCUUUUGGAAAUACCAGGAUCUUUGGAAGUUAUAAAAUGUCUUUGACAUUUUUGGCCACAUAAGCUUGUUGGACUGAAUCAUCUCUUGAUUUUCUUUGGGUGCAACAUUAUACAAUCAGCUAAGUCUUUCAUUGUGAAAUGAAAUGCUAAACUAAUGUGAUUGUCAAAACUCAUUUGAAUGGCUUUGAAGAGGUCAUUUAAAAAUAAAUGAAUGACGUUGUUUUUGUUCAGACUUAGCUUGGCCAAAUUGAUCCUCUUAUAACGAUCUCUUCCAUAGAGUUAUCAUCAGACUCAUAGCCAGGAAGCAUGUUGAAGAUCAUGAUCAUGAUACAAUGAUGAAAAUACACAAAUUAAACUCCAGUCCUAGUCCUGUUCUGUGCCAUCUGCUCUGAGGACCCUUAAAAGAGACAGGCCACACCAGGCCACACCAGGCCACGUCAGGCUGAAGUAGGAGCUUGGGCUGGAUGAGGGGAUGGAGAGGGAGGAUAGAUUGCGAGAGAGAGAGAGAAGCAGAGAGAGAGAGCGAAGAGAGAGAGAGAGACGGAGCAACAAACACAAUUUAGACCCAACCAAAUCAUGAGAAAACAAAAAGAGAAAUACUUGAUACAUUGGCAAAGAAUUAACAAAAAAACGAGGAAACUAGAAGCCUAUUUGGCCUUUUAAACAGAGAGACACAGUGGCAGAAUACCGACUCUCUCUCUCUUCUCUUUCUUCUCUCUCUGUAUCUCCCUCCUCAUUCUCUCUCUUCUCUCUCUAUUCUCUCUACAUUAUCUCUAUAUCUCCCUCCUAUCUCCUUCUCUCCCUAACAGGGGGGGGAGGGACAGGAUCAUUUGGACCAUCCUGGAGCCCCUGGAGAGGACGGCCACAAAGCGUGAGUAUCCUACCGCCCCCGUCCCCUCCCUCACUCAUCCUCCCAUUCAACUCCUCCAUUUUCAUCCAUCCAUUUUUACUGCUGUUAAACGGACAGUUUUUCUUCUCUUUGCAGGGCGAGGAUGGAGAGAUCGGGCCAAGGGGAUUGGCUGGAGAGAGCGUAAGAGAGCAUCCACUGAAUAGCUGUUGGGUUUUAUAAAUAGGACCCUACAGUAUAACUUCACAACAGUAUUGGAGUAAUACAAGUAUUCAACCACCCUGUUAUGACAUACUAUCUCCCCUGGUUGACUGCACGGCUACUUCUGCAUCAGUUAUUUAAAUGGCUAGUUUUACCCACAUUCAACAAUUACAUUUUGGUUUCCCUACCCUGUAAGCAGUCUUUGGACAAGUGAUAAUGCUAACAUUUUAGCGUUCGUGGCACAAAUCUCAUUCAAGUCAUGGUACCGAUAUUAGCAUUUUUCGUGCAUCAUGUUCAAGUCAUCUUUACGUGACUAUGUUGAGCUUCACAAUCAAUUUGAAAUACUUUCGGAAGAUUUGGACAUGCGUGAAAAAUGCUAAUAUUGGUACCAUGACUUGAAUUGGAUUUGUGCCACAAAUGCUAAAAUGUUAGCAUUGGGAAAAACAUGGAAACAGUGCCAAGUAAAUAAAACCAAAGCAUGAAUUGCUGUCAUACCUUGUCCAUAGACUGCUGACAGGGUAAGGAAACCAAUAUGUCAUUUUGUAAUUUGGGUGAAUUAUAAUAAUAAUAUGCCAUUUAGCAUUUUAUCCAAAGCGACUUACAGUCAUGCGUGCAUAAUUUUUUUGUGUAUGGGUGGUCCCGGGGAUCGAACCCACUACCUUGGCGUUACAAGCGCCAUGCUCUACCAGCUGAGCUACAGAGGACCAAUGUAAUGUUCUUGUUAGUCAACUAGGAGGCAGCAUUUCUUAACUGGGCUUUUGUUCUACAGAUUACUCUAUCAUUGUAUUCUGUGAUCCUGUCAACUCUUCUUCUUCAUGUUAAGUUUUAACAUGAGAAAAGAGAGGGCAGAGAGUAGGAGCGAGAGAUAGAUGAGAGACUAUGAGAGAGAUAGUAGAGCGCUCUGAUAUAUCUAUAUGCUAUCUCUUCUCUCUCUCUCUCUCUCUCUCUCUCUCUCUUCUCUCCUCUCUCUCUCUCUCUCUCUCUGUUCAGGGUUCUAGAGGUCUGCUUGGACCACGCGGUCCACCCGGGCCCACUGGACAGCCAGUACGUAGUACUUGACACAUAGUUUCCUAUGACAGAGUUAUUUUACAUGUUAGUCAUUUAGCAGACGCUCUUAUCCAGAGCGACAUACAGUUAGUGCAACCAUAUAGCAUAGGCAUAGAAAGUACAUUUAUUAUCCUCAAUCAGUAGAGUCAGAGAUAGAGAGUUGGGGGGGGGGUCAAGUUCAAGUGCUGGUUCAGGGUUUUAUUUAUUUUCGAGGGGGCUGGGGGUCGGGUGAGGUGGAUGAUUAUUUAUCACUAUGGUAUCUCCUGUAUAAUACAGCAAUAAAUCAUUCUUACUCAUCUGACUAUUUGUGUUUCCACAGGGUGUAGCUGGAGUGGACGGCCCUCACGGUCCCAAAGGAAACAUGGUAUGAACACUGUCAUAACGUUAUCUUACACAGAUACGUAUCUAAAACACACACUUUGACACCAGAACUGUUUUAUAGUGUUAGUAUAAGCUUUACCAAGACAAUAUUCGAGAGGAGUGUAGUCUACCACAGGGUAUCAGUGUUUGGGAUAGGUUCUAGCUCAAUUUUAAACUUUACAGCUGUAGAGGUCAAUGUCAAACUGUGCCCUUGUAAGCACUGGGAGGAGUGACAUCAUUCAUGCUGUAGGUCAGGCCAGAGAAUGUAGAGAAAGCGAGACAACCCACUCCCUAUUUUUUUCUGAUCGGGGUGGGGCCACUUGGGGCCGCGAGCGGGAGUAGACACUAAGUAGACCAGAACCAGCUGUUCCCUUUCCCGCAUGAGCCUGCCAGGUAUUAUGGAGGAAACCGUUAGCAUGACAGAGAUUAUGGAGGAACCGUGAGCAUGACAGAUACAGUUGAAGUUGGAAGUUUACAUACACAUAGGUUGGAGUCAUUAAAACUCGUUUUUCAACCACCCCACAAAUGUCUUGUUAACAAACUAUAGUUUUGGCAAGUCAGUUAGGACAUCUACUUUGUGCAUACUUUGUGCAAUACUUUUUCCAACAAUUGUUUACAGACAGAUUAUUUCAUUUAUAGUUCACUGUAUCACAAUUCAAGUGGGUCAGAAAUGUACAUACACUAAGUUGACAGUGCCUUUAAACAGCUUGGAAAAUUCCAGAAAAUGAUUGUCAUGGUUUAGAACGCUUCUGAUAGGCUAAUCUGACAUCAUUUGAGUCAAUUGGAGGUGUCCCUGUGGAUGUAUUUCAAGGCCUACCUUCAAACUCAGUGCCUCUUCGCUUGACAUCAUGGGAAAAUCAAAAGAAAUCGGGCAAGACCUCAGAAAAUUUUUUUUUAGACCUCCACAAGUCUGGUUCAUCCUUGGGAACAAUUUCCAAACGCCUGAAGGUACCACGUUCAUCUGUACGAACAAUAGUACGCAAGUAUAAACACCAUGGGACCACGCAGCCUUCAUACCGCUCAGGAAGGAGACGCGUUCUGUCUCCUAGAGAUUAACGUACUUUGGUGCGAAAAGUGCAAAUCAAUCCCAGAACAAUAGCAAAGGACCUUGUGAAGAUGCUGGAGGAAACAGGUACAAAAGUAUCUAUAUCCACAGUAAAAUUAGUCCUAUAUCGACAUAACCUGAAAGGCCAUUUAGCAAGGAAGAAGCCACUGCUCCAAAACCGCCAUAAAAAAAGCCAGACUAUCGUUUGCAACUGCACAUGGGGACUAGGAUCGUACUUUUUAAAGAAAUGUCCAUAAUUGGCCAUAAUGACCAUCGUUAUGUUUGGAGGAAAAAGGGGGACGCUUGCAAGCCGAAGAACACCAUCCCAACCGUGAAGCACGGUGGUGGCAGCAUCAUACUGUGGGGGUGCUUUGCUGCAGGACGGGACUGGUGCACUUCACAAAAUAGAUGGCAUCAUGAGGAAGGAAAAUUAUGUGGAUAUAUUGAAGCAACAUCUCAAGACAUCAGGAAGUUAAAGCUUGGUCGCAAAUGGGUCAUCCAAAUGGUGGACAAUGAACCCAAGCAUACUUCCAAAGUUGUGGCAAAAUGGCUUAAGGACAACAAAGUCAAGGUAUUGGAGUGGCCAUCACAAAGACCUGACCUCAAUCCUAUUGAACAUAUGUGGGCAGAACUGAAAAGUGUGUGCGAGCAAGGAGGCCUACAAACCUGACUCCGUUACACCAGUUCUGUCAGGAGGAAUGGGCCAGAAAUUCAUCCAACUUAUUGUGGGAAGCUUGUGGAAGGCUACCUGAAACAUUUGACCCAAAUUAAACAAUUUAAAGGCAAUGCUACCAAAUACUAAUUGAGUGUAUGUAAACUUCUGACCCACUGGGAAUGUGAUGAAAGAAAUAAAAGCUGAAAUAAAUCAUUCUCUCUACUAUUAUUCUGACAUUUCACAUUCUUAAAAUAAAGUGGUGAUACUAACUGACCUAAGCCAGGGAAUUUUUACUAGGAUUAAAUGUCAGGAAUUGUGAAAAACAGAGUUUAAAUGUAUUUGGCUAAGGUGUAUGUAAACUUCCGACUUCAACUGUAUUAUGGAGGAACCGUGAGCCUGCCAGAUAUUAUGGAGGAACCGUGAGCAUGACAGAUAUUAUUGAGGUACCUUGAGCUUAAAUAUUUUUCAAUAGUAUACAGCCUGAGUAAACUAUCUUAUUCAUCCACCAUCUUUGAGUCAGGCAGUGACCCCUCCCUGUGUUUCAAAAUGGCCGCCCACUGGGGCCUCUCCCUGUAGCACCUCAGAGUAGGGUGAAAUUAUUCAAGCUGCCCUUCUAAUGGUUAAUGAUGGCUACGGGAAAGGUAAUCUGGUCCUAUAUCAGUGUUUAGGAGGGAGUUGUGUCAAGUUGGCUGAAUGUCCUUUGGGUGGUGAACCAUUCUUGAUACCUACGGGAAACUGUUGAUCGUGAAAAACCCGGCAGCAUUGCAGUUCUAUAAACCAGAAGUUUUUGUUAAUUUUCUGUAGUCCCAAAUGUACUGAGAGUAGACGUAGCUUACAUUAAAAAUCUCCUUAAAUUGUGGAAGCGUCCAUCUUCUGAGGAAACAGACAGAGAUAAUGUAGAUGAGGUCUGCUGUGCUCUGCUCUUAGCUCCUUGUCAUGUGAGAUUGAUUGUCUCGUUGUUUAGGGACCUCAAGGAGAGCCGGGACCGCCGGGUCAGCAGGGGAUCCCAGGGACACAAGUGAGUAUUACAGACAGUAUACAGUAUCACAGACAGUAUACAAUAUCACAGACAGUAUACAAUAUCACAGACAGUAUACAGUAUCACAGACAGUACACAGUAUUACAGAAAGUACACAGUAUUACAGACAGUAUACAGUAUUACAGACAGUAUACAAUAUUACAGACAGUAUACAGUAUUACAGACAGUACACAGUAUUACAGACAGUAUACAGUAUUACAGACAGUAUACAAUUUCACAGACAGUAUACAAUAUUACAGACAGUAUACAAUAUUACAGACAGUAUACAGUAUCACAGACAGUAUACAAUAUCACAGACAGUAUACAGUAUCACAGACAGUACACAGUAUUUCACACUCUACAGGCAGUAUCUUCUAUGUCAAGCUAGAUACGGGGGUUUUAUAAACACCAGAAGGUCCACGAUCAUUACUGCCUGAUAAUGUACAGUACCAGUCAAAAGUUUGGACACACUUACUCAUUCAAUUUUUGUUCUUUUUUUGUACUAUUUCUACAUUGUAGAAUAAUAGUGAAGACAUCAAAACUAUGAAAUAACACAUAUGGAAUCAUGUAGUAACCAAGAAAGUGUUAAACAAAUCUUAAAUACGUUUUAUUUGAGAUUCUUCAAAGUAGCCACCCUUUGCCUUGAUGACGGCUUUGCACACUCUUGGCAUUCUCUCAACCAGCUUCACCUGGAAUGCUUUUCCAACAGUCUUGAAGGUGUUCCCACAUAUGCUGAGCAGUUGCUGGCUGCUUUUCCUUCACUCUGCAGUCCAACUCAUCCCAAACCAUCUGAAUUGGGUUGAGGUCGGGUGAUUGUUGAGGCCAGGUCAUCUGAUGCAGCACUCCAACUCUGUCCUUCUUGGUCAAAUAUUACUUACACAACCUGGAGGUGUGUUGGGUCAUUGUCCUGUUGAAAAACAAAUGUUAGUCCCACUAAGCGCAAACCAGAUGGGAUGGCGUAUCGCUGCAGAAGGCUUUGGUAGCCAUGCUGGUUAAGUGUGCUUGAAAUCUAAAUAUAUCACAGACAGUGUCACCAGUAAUGCACCCCCACACCAUCACACCUCCUCCUCCAUGCUUCACGGUGGGAACCACACAUGCGGAGAUCAUCCGUUCACCUACUCUGUGUCUCACAGAGACACGGCGGUUUGAACCAAAAAUCUCAAAUUUCGACUCAUUAUACCAAAGGACAGAUUUCCACUGGUCUAAUGUCCAUUGCUCGUGUUUCUUGGCCCAAGCAAGUCUCUUCUUCUUAUUGGUGUCCUUUAGUAGUGGUUUCUUUGCAGCAAUUUGACCAUGAAGGCCUGGUUCACACAGUCUCCUCUGAACAGUUGAUGUUGAGAUGUGUCUGUUACUUGAACUCUGUGAAGCAUUUAUUUGGGCUGCAAUCUGAGGUGCAGUUAUUCUAAUGAAUGUGUCCUCUGCAGCAGAGGUAACUCUGGGUCUUCCUUUCCUGUGACAGUCCGCGUGAGAGCCAGUUUCAUCAUAGCGCUUGAUGGUUUUUGCAACAGCAAAUUUUCCAGAUUGACUGAUCUUCAUGCCUUAAAGUAAUGAUGGACUGUCAUUUCUCUUUGCUUAUUUGAGCUGUUCUUGCCAUAAUAUGGACUUGGUCUUUUACCAAAUAGGGCUAUUUUCUGUAUACCCCUCCCACCUUGUCACAACACAACUGAUUGGCUCAAACUCAUUAGGAAGGAAAGAAAUUCCCAAAAUUAACUUUUAACAAGGCACAGCUGUUAAUUGAAAUGCAUUCCAGGUGACUACAUCAUGAAGCUGGUUGAGAGAAUGCCAAGAGUGUGCAAAGCUGUCAUCAAGGCAAAGGGUGGCUACUUUGAAGAAUCUCAAAUAUAACAUACAUUUUGAUUUGUUUAACACUUUUUUUUCCAUUUGUGUUAUUUCAUAGUUUUGAUGUCUUCACUAUUAUUCUACAAUGUAGAAAAUAGUACAAAAUAAAGGAAAACCCAUGAAUGAGUAGGUGCGUCCAAACUAUUGACUGGUAAUGGCAGCUUGUUUUACCUGACUUCAGCAUGUCAACGUAGAACACCCUCAAAUCCCAAAUAUCAGCUUUAAGUACCUGCAGCAAUAGAGUCAAUUGUAAAAAAAUAUUUAAAAAAUAUAUGUAUGUAUAUGUAUAUAUAUGCAGUGCAUUCGGAAGUAUUCAGACCCCUUGACUUGUUUUCACGUUUUGUUAAAUGACAGCCUUAUUCUUAUUUUACCUAUCCUCAUCAAUCUACACACAAUACCCCAUAAUGACAAAGCAAAAACAGGUUUGUAGAAAUGUUUGCAAAUUUAGUGAAAAAUAAAAACUGAAAUAUCACAUUUACAUAUAAGUAUUCAGACCCUUUACUCAGUGCUUUGUUGAAGCACAUUUGGCAGCGAUUACGGUCUUCAUGGGUAUUACACUAAAAGCUUGGCACACCUGUAUUUGGGCAGUUUCUCCCAUUCUUCUCUGUAGAUCCUCUCAAGCUCUGUCAGGUUGGAUGGGGAGUGCUGCUGCACAGCUAUUUUCAGGUCUAUCCAGAGAUGUUCCAUCGGGUUCAUGUCCGGGCUCUGGCUGGGCCACUCAAGGACAUUCAGAGACUUGUCCCGAAGCCACUCAUGCAUUGUCUUGGCUGUGUGCUUAGGGUCAUUGUUCUGUUGGAAGAUGAACCUUCGCCCCAGUCUGAGGUCCUGAGUGCUCAUGAGCAGGUUUUCCACCAAGGAUCUCUCUGUACUUUCCUCAGUUCCUCUUUCCCUCGAUCCUGACAAGUCUCCCAGUCCCUUCUGCUGAAAAACAUCCCCACAGCAUGAUGCUGCCACCACCAUGCUUCACCGUAGGGAUGGUGCCAGGUUUCCUCCAGACGUGACACUUCGCAUUCAGGCCAAAGAGUUCAAUCUUGGUUUCAUCAGACCAGAGAAUCAUGUUUCUCAUGGUCUGAGAGUCCUUUAGGUGCCUUUUGGCAAACUCCAAGAGAGCUGAGGAGUGGCUUCCGUCUGGCCACUCUACCAUAAAGGCCUGAUUGGUGGAGUGCUGCAGAGAUGGUUGUCCUUCUGGAAGGUUCUCCCAUCUCCACAGAGGAACUCUGGAGCUCUGUCAGAGUGACAAUUGGGUUCUUGGUCACCUCCCUGACCAAGGCCCUUCUCUCCCGGUUGCUCAGUUUGGCCGGGCGGCCAGCUCUAGGAAGAGUCUUGGUGGUUCCAAACUUCUUCCAUUUAAGAAUAAUGGAGGCCACUGUGUUCCUGGGGACCUUCAAUGAUGCAGAAAUGUUUUGGUACCUUCCCCAGAUCUGUGCCUCGACACAAUCCUGUCUCGGAGCUCUACGGACAAUUCCUUUCACCUCAUGGCUUGGUUUUUGCUCUGACAUGCACUGUCAACUGUGGGACCUUAUAUGGACAGGUGUAUGCCUUUCCAAAUCAUGUCCAAUCAAUAGAAUUUACCACAGGUGGACUCUAAUCAAGUUGUAGAAACAUCUCAAGGAUGAUCAAUGGAAACAGGAUGCACCGGAGCUCUAUCUCGAGUUUCAUAGCAAAGGGUCAGAGUACUCAUGUAAAUAAGGUAUUUCUGUUUUUUAUUUUUAAUACGUUUGCAAACAUUUCUAAAAACCUAUUUCGCUUUGUCCUUAUGGGGUAUUGUGUUUAGAUUGAUGAGUACAAAAACUAAUUUCAUCCAUUUUAGAAUAAGGCUGUAACGUAACAAAAUGUGGAAAAAGUCAAGGGGUCUAAAUACUUUCCGAAUGCACUGUAUGUUUACAAUAAAGACUUAGCUUACAUGUACAAAUAAGAAUCAAACUAGCUUGGAAAAGUAUACUGUUGAUAAUGCGGCAAAGGGUUGAAGUUGCUAUUAAUAUUCAGCACACACAAACAGUUUGUUUUUAUUUGUGUGUAAUGUCUGAAAACAGAUAAUAGUCUCAAUCUCAUUUUAUAGUUAUUAUGUCAACAUCUUCUGGAAAUAUACUGCUCUUUGAUGAUCAUUUACAUCACUUUUUUUUUAUUAGUUGAAUUAUGUCUCUUUCCUCUUCUUCUCCCCCUCUCCUCCUCUCCCUCCUCCUCUUCCUCUCCCUUCCCCCUCCUACCUCCCUCCCUUCCCUCCCUUCCUCCCCUCUCCUCCUCCGCUGUCCUUCUCCCCCUCCGCCUCCUCCUCCGCUCCCCCUCCCCGCCGCCUCUUCCACCUCCUCCUCCUCUCUCCUUCCCCUCCUCUUCCUCCUCCUCAUCCUCCUCCUCUUUAUCCUCCACCUCCUCUUCCUCGCCUCCUCUUCCUCUUCCCCCCUCUUUCUCCCUGGAGCUAUAGAAGGAACAAACAGAGAUAUUUUCUUGGAAUAUGUUGCUGGGGUUUCUGGGGGUUGAGCGAAGCGGUGAAAGUAUAUCAUUCAUGUCUGUGGAAUGCCUGCAGCAGGCUCCCCGAGCUCCAGCACAGCCUCCGAUUAUUCUCUCUGCCACACACACACACACACACACACACACAAAUACACACACACACACACUCAAGAACAAAUACAGUCCCAACAUUCUUACCCCUGCACAUGAGUUAGUACCUUCCGCUGAGUCCCCAAUGCCCCUCGAUGUCCCCAGCUAGCUUUGUAAUUGUGUGUGUGUAUGUGUAAAAUCAAAUCAAAUCAAAUUUUAUUGGUCACAUACACGUGCUUAGCAGAUGUUAUUGCGGGUGUAGCAAAAUGCUUGUGUUUCUAGCUCCGACAGUGCAGUAAUAUCUAAGUAGUAAUAUCUAACAAUUUCACAACAUAUACCCAAUACACACAAAUAUAAGUAAGGAAUUAAUUAAGAAUAUAUACAUAUGGACGAGCAAGGUUAGAGCAGCAUGGACUAACGGCAUGGACGGUGUGUGUGUGUGUUUGUGUGUGUGUGUGUGUUUGUGUGUGUGUGUUUGUGUGUGUCUGUGUGUGUGUUUGUGUGUGUGUGUGUGUGUGUGUGUGUCUGUUUGUGUGUGUGCGUGUAUGUAUGCGUGUGUGUGUGUGUGUGUGUGUGUGUAUGCAUGUGUGUGUGUGUAUGCAUGUGUGUGUAUGCAUUCGUGUGUGUGUGUAUGCGUGUGUGUGAGUGUAUGCAUGUGUGUGCAUGCAUGUGUGUGUGUGUGUGUGUGUGUAUGCAUGUGUGUGUAUGCAUUCGUGUGUGUGUGUGUGUGUGUGUGUGUGUGUGUAUGUGUGUGUGUAUGUGUGUGCAUGUGUGUGUGUGUGUAUGCAUGUAUGUGUGUUUGUAUGGAUGUGUGUGUAUGCCUGCGUGUGUGUUUGUGUGUGUGUAUGCGUGUAUGCGUGUGUGUGUAUGUGUGCGUGUGUGUGUGUGUGUGUGUGCGUGUGUGUGUGUGUGUGUGUGUGUGUGUCACAGCUAUGGCAACAAACUCUGAAGUUGUCUGUCUACUUCUGUCCUGCAGGGACUUCCUGGUCCUCAAGGUCCCAUCGGACCACCUGGUGAAAAGGUAAGUUGGAGCUCAGCUCUUCUGUUGCCUGUCAACAAAACUGACCUGAAAGUGUUUUGUUUGUAAGUUAGUGGCCCAAAAGACAAUCUGUAAAAUGUGUGAUCUGUUAGAUGUACAAUUAAAGUACACAAUACACAGACUGGAAUAUACUUGUUUACCAUAGUACUGUACUGGAGGGGUUUUGCUUAUGUUAUGUCAACCCCCCUUACUGUAUAAUAUGUAGUGAAUGUAUGUUUGAGGACCUAGUACAUCCUCUGAGGACUUAGUAGCUCAUCUGAGGACCUGGUCUCGUACCUCAUCUGAGGACCUAGUAUCUCAUCUGAGGACCUAGUACUUCAUCUGAGGACCUAGUAUCUCCUCUGAGGACCUGGUCUCAUACCUCAUCUGAGGACCUAGUACCUCAUCCGAGGACCUAGUAUCUCCUCUGAGGACCUAGUACCUCAUCUGAGGACCUGGUCUCAUACCUCAUCUGAGGACCUAGUAUCUCCUCUGAGGACCUAGUAUCUCCUCUGAGGACCUAGUACCUCAUCUGAGGACCUAGUAUCUCCUCUGAGGACCUAGUACCUCAUCUGAGGACCUAGUAUCUCCUCUGAGGACCUAGUACCUUCUCUGGAAAAGAAAAAAAUGUCUUAUUCUCAGAUUGUUUUUCUCCAAGGUGAUCUCAGUAGUCCCAGAAACAGACUUGUGGUCAGCAGAUACAUGUGCUGAAGGUUGUUAAAGUACAGUGUUAUUUUGACCUUUGACCCAUUCUGUGUUUCUAUGUGUCUCUGUGUACAGGGGCCUCAGGGCAGGUCGGGGUUGGCUGGUUUACCUGGAUCAGAUGGACCUCCUGUACGUGAUCUUCUGUUAACUCUGUCACACUCUUGUCCUCCUCUCACACAAAUGGUGUUAACUAACUGUUAACUAACUGAUUAGCUAGAGUCUCCUGUUUGUGCUGUUCUUUUUACACCCUUUCAGUCUCACAUCCGCUCAGCUCAUCCAUUCCCUAACAACAUAGCAACCCACGACGACCACUGCAUGUCCAUAUGCAGUAGGAGAAAAUACAUUCCUCUCGCUGUUGUUUACCAGAGCAGCUUGCUCAGGGCCUUUGUAAUUAAAGGGAGAUCUAUGAACGCUAAUUAGUUGGCUACCAAACUAAGAAACUAGAUUGGUUGAGAAGCCCUGUCUCGCGUCGUGCUGUUACACUAAACUAGCAACUACAGCACAGUUAGUGAAAUGUUGCGCGCAGCAUCCAACAUCGCUCCCUUCCACUGCAAACCACCAUCCAACAUCUCUCCCUUCUACUACAAACCACCAUCCAACAUCGCUCCCUUCCACUACAAACCACCAUCCAACAUCUCUCCCUUCCACCACAAACCACCAUCCAACCAUCUCUCCCUUCCACUACAAACCACCAUCCACCAUCUCUCCCUUCCACUACAAACCACCAUCCAACAUCUCUCCCUUCCACUACAAACCACCAUCCAACAUCUCUCCCUUCCACUACAAACCACCAUCCAACAGCUCUCCCUUCCACUACAAACCACCAUCCAACAUCUCUCCCUUCCACUACAAACCACCAUCCAACAUCUCUCCCUUCCACUACAAACCACCAUCCAACAUCUCUCCCUUCCACUACAAACCACCAUCCAACAUUCCCUCACUACAAAACCACCAUCCACUACAAACCACCAUCCAACAUCUCUCCCUUCCACUACAAACCACCAUCCAACAUCUCUCCCUUCCACCACAAACCACCAUCCAACAUCUCUCCCUUCCACUACAAACCACCAACCAACAUCGCUCCCUUUCACUACAAACCACCAUCCAACAUAUCUCCCUUCCACCACAAACCACCAUCCAACAGCUCUCCCUUCCAAACAUUGGAUAUUGGAUAGCCUACAGUGUGAGUGUCAGGGUGAGAGAGAGGCAGCCCGAAGCCUCCUCAUUUACACCUUUCUGCCCUCUGACAGUCUCCUCACACAUUUAAUGAAAUAGCAGGUGUGCAAGUGAAAGGUCUCUCUCUAUAUAAACCAACCAGUCGGUCAGAGUGAACCUGGAGCUCGGACUGUUAAAGCCUCCAUCAGUACGGUCUAAUGUACAAAUUUUUUUCUCCAUAGAAUCAAGCUAGAACUUUCUGAUGUACAUAAGUUAUUUUCUUACAGGGCCAUCCUGGUAAAGAAGGCCCAACUGGUGAGAAGGGAGCCUUAGUAAGUACAAUUGAUUGAUUGAUUAUUGAUUGGUCAGUCAAUUGGCUGAUUGAUUGAUAUAUUAUUAUUUGGAAUAUGAUACAAAAGCAGAAUAAUUUGAAUGGUUUAUGACAUAUCUCUUAUUGAGAGACUAAUGGAGACAUUGUUCUCUCUCUCUCUCUGUCUCUGCCUCCUCCGCCUCCAGGGCCAGGCAGGUCCCCAAGGUCCUAUUGGUUAUCCCGGUCCUCGUGGCGUCAAGGUAUGGUGUUGGAGCUCACCCAGGUGAUAUUCAGUAACAUCCUUCAAGGUGGGAAGUUGUGUUAGGUUGGUAACUGUGGUCUGUUUCCUGUCCGUCUAUUAGGGUGCUGAUGGUGUUCGUGGACUGAAGGGUGGAAAUGGAGAGAAGGUAAAGAGCUUCCUCUUUUCAAAAUGUGACGCUUCGUAUUCCUGCUGCAAUUGUGUGUAAGAAUGUUACGAUUACUAGCAUUGUCCUAUCUGACCAAUGAGAUGAACACAACGUUCUCUCAAAAAGUCCUGUCUAAAAGUCUUUCUGCGGUCCAAAAUGUCCCCACUAACCCUAACAGCCUCUUUGUAUGAAUCCAUUAAUAUAGUUGAAAACCAAGAGCAUGAUGCUGAUCCACUAUUAAAGUUGUAAACAGUAACACCAUGGAUAUUAGAGUUAUCACUGAAGUUAGGUUUUAUGUUAACUUAUGUUGAGGUUUUAAUGUAAUCCCAAAACCUUGAGGAAGGAAGGUAGCGUUGGUUCUGAAUAGAAAAUGAAUGCAACACCAUCCCAGCGGUGAGGGCUUGUUGUGAAACGUAAAACAUGGUUUCAUUGCUUUGGGUGCACACACACACACACACACACACACACACACACCUGCAUUAUGUAUUAGGAGGAGAAGAGACACAGACAGGUGACAGACUGCACAGAGUGACUCAGAGAACCAGAACAGAGAGAAAUGAAGGAAUCAGUGAGAGACAGAGAUAACUAAAGGAGACAGUGAGAGACAGAGAACAGAGAUAACUAAAGGAGAUAGUGAGAGACAGAGAACAGAGAUAACUAAAGGAGACAGUGAGAGACAGAGAACAGAGAUAACUAAAGGAGACAGUGAGAGACAGAGAACAGAGUUAAAUAAAGGAGAGAGUUAGAGACAGAUGGAUGGAGAGAACAGGGGUGAAAGGGACAGAGAACAGAGUUAAAUAAAGGAGAGAGUUAGAGACAGAUAGAUGGAGAGAACACGGGUGUAAGGGACAGAGAACAGAGUUAAAUAAAGGAGAGAGUUAGAGACAGAUAGAUGGAGAGAACAGGGGUGAAAGGGACAGAGAGAGGUUUCCUUAUUCUCUUUUUAACUCAUCCACGUUUUCGAAUGCUCAAUCACACGUCCCUAUAGCAGCAGAAUACUGAUGGAGCACACGUCCCUAUAGCAGCAGAAUACUGAUGGAGCACACGUCCCUAUAGCAGCAGAAUACUGAUGGAGCACACGUCCCUAUAGCAGCAGAAUACUGAUGGAGCACACGUCCCUAUAGCAGCAGAAUACUGAUGGAGCACACGUCCCUGUAGCAGCAGAAUACUGAUGGAGCACACGUCCCUAUAGCAGCAGAAUACUGAUGGAGCACACGUCCCUAUAGCAGCAGAAUACUGAUGGAGCACACGUCCCUAUAGCAGCAGAAUACUGAUGGAGCACACGUCCCUAUAGCAGCAGAAUAAUGAUGGAACACACGUCCCUAUAGCAGCAGAAUACUGAUGGAGCACACAUCCCUAUAGCAGCAGAAUACUGAUGGAGCACACGUCCCUAUAGCAGCAGAAUACAGAUGGAGCACACGUCCCUAUAGCAGCAGAAUACUGAUGGAGCACACGUCCCUAUAGCAGCAGAAUACUGAUGGAGCACACGUCCCUGUAGCAGCAGAAUACUGAUGGAGCACACGUCCCUAUAGCAGCAGAAUACUGAUGGAGCACACGUCCCUAUAGCAGCAGAAUACUGAUGGAGCACACGUCCCUAUAGCAGCAGAAUACUGAUGGAGCACACGUCCCUAUAGCAGCAGAAUACUGAUGGAGCACACAUCCCUAUAGCAGCAGAAUACUGAUGGAGCACACGUCCCUAUAGCAGCAGAAUACUGAUGGAGCACACGUCCCUAUAGCAGCAGAAUACUGACGGAGCACAUGUCCCUAUAGCAGCAGAAUACUGAUGGAGCACACGUCCCUAUAGCAGCAGAAUACUGAUGGAGCACACGUCCCUAUAGCAGCAGAAUACUGAUGGAGCACACGUCCCUAUAGCAGCAGAAUACUGAUGGAGCACACGUCCCUAUAGCAGCAGAAUACUGAUGGAGCACACGUCCCUGUAGCAGCAGAAUACUGAUGGAGCACACGUCCCUAUAGCAGCAGAAUACUGAUGGAGCACACGUCCCUAUAGCAGCAGAAUACUGAUUGGGCACACGUCCCUAUAGCAGCAGAAUACUGAUGGAGCACACGUCCCUAUAGCAGCAGAAUAAUGAUGGAACACACGUCCCUAUAGCAGCAGAAUACUGAUGGAGCACACAUCCCUAUAGCAGCAGAAUACUGAUGGAGCACACGUCCCUAUAGCAGCAGAAUACAGAUGGAGCACACGUCCCUAUAGCAGCAGAAUACUGAUGGAGCACACGUCCCUAUAGCAGCAGAAUACUGAUGGAGCACACGUCCCUGUAGCAGCAGAAUACUGAUGGAGCACACGUCCCUAUAGCAGCAGAAUACUGAUGGAGCACACGUCCCUAUAGCAGCAGAAUACUGAUGGAGCACACGUCCCUAUAGCAGCAGAAUACUGAUGGAGCACACGUCCCUAUAGCAGCAGAAUACUGAUGGAGCACACAUCCCUAUAGCAGCAGAAUACUGAUGGAGCACACGUCCCUAUAGCAGCAGAAUACUGAUGGAGCACACGUCCCUAUAGCAGCAGAAUACUGACGGAGCACAUGUCCCUAUAGCAGCAGAAUACUGAUGGAGCACACGUCCCUAUAGCAGCAGAAUACUGAUGGAGCACACGUCCCUAUAGCAGCAGAAUACUGAUGGAGCACACGUCCCUAUAGCAGCAGAAUACUGAUGGAGCACACGUCCCUAUAGCAGCAGAAUACUGAUGGAGCACACGUCCCUAUAGCAGCAGAAUACUGAUGGAGCACACGUCCCUAUAGCAGCAGAAUACUGAUGGAGCACACGUCCCUAUAGCAGCAGAAUACUGAUGGAGCACACGUCCCUAUAGCAGCAGAAUACUGAUGGAGCACACGUCCCUGUAGCAGCAGAAUAAUGAUGGAACACACGUCCCUAUAGCAGCAGAAUACUGAUGGAGCACACAUCCCUAUAGCAGCAGAAUACUGAUGGAGCACACGUCCCUAUAGCAGCAGAAUACUGAUGGAGCACAUGUCCCUAUAGCAGCAGAAUACUGAUGGAGCACACGUCCCUAUAGCAGCAGAAUACUGAUGGAGCACACGUCCCUAUAGCAGCAGAAUACUGAUGGAGCACACGUCCCUAUAGCAGCAGAAUACUGAUGGAGCACACGUCCCUAUAGCAGCAGAAUACUGAUGGAGCACACGUCCCUAUAGCAGCAGAAUACUGAUGGAGCACACGUCCCUAUAGCAGCAGAAUACUGACGGAUCACAUGUCCCUAUAGCAGCAGAAUACUGAUGGAGCACACGUCCCUAUAGCAGCAGAAUACUGAUGGAGCACACGUCCCUAUAGCAGCAGUAUACUGAUGGAGCACACGUCCCUAUAGCAGCAGAAUACUGAUGGAGCACACGUCCCUAUAGCAGCAGAAUACUGAUGGAGCACACGUCCCUAUAGCAGCAGAAUACUGACGGAGCACACGUCCCUAUAGCAGCAGAAUACUGAUGGAGCACACGUCCCUAUAGCAGCAGAAUACUGAUGGAGCACACGUCCCUAUAGCAGCAGAAUACUGAUGGAGCACACGUCCCUAUAGCAGCAGAAUACUGACGGAGCACACGUCCCUAUAGCAGCAGAAUACUGAUGGAGCACACGUCCCUAUAGCAGCAGAAUACUGACGGAGCACACGUCCCUAUAGCAGCAGAAUACUGAUGGAGCACACGUCCCUAUAGCAGCAGAAUACUGAUGGAGCACACGGCAGCUGCUCGUUUGCACAUGCAGUGUGAUUCCCCUCGUUGGCCACCAGAUGGCAGUAGUCUUCACUCCAGACAGAUGUAUAAUAUGAGGUUUCCUGUUUCAUAAUGGAAAGCUACAGCCCAGAUUCAUGUGCAUCUAGCUUUACUAUUAGAUUAAAACAAAAUUACCUUUUAAAAAUAAAUAUGUAUCCAAAGAUACUCUUCCACAGCAAUUAUGUUACAAUUAUGUAACAAGCUCAAAGCAUACUGAAUUCUAAUGAUCACUUACACACAAGUACAUUUACUUAAGAUUCAUUCAAUCUCUGAGAGCCAUUCAAUCUCUGAUACCCAUUCAAUCUCUGAGAUCUAUUCAAUCUUUGAGAUCCAUUCAAUCUUUGAGAUCCAUUCAAUCUCUGAGAUCUAUUCAAUCUCUGAGAUCCAUUCAAUCGCUGAGAUCCAUUCAACCUCUUGAGAUCCAUUACAUUUCCUACAAAGCAACAAACCAAGUAACCUUUUUAUUGAUUUUCCUGAUUUCAGGGUGAGGACGGUUUCCCUGGUUUCAAGGGAGACAUGGGUCUCAAAGGUGACAGGGUGAGUUGACAACUCAAUGACACCGACUCACCCAUCAUUCUCAUGUGUAUGGUACACUUUAAUCCAUAGGCCACAGUAAUGGUCCGAUACCUUAUCUGGUGUGUGUUGGAUGUGCUCAGGGUGAGCUUGGUGUGCUUGGGCCCCGUGGUGAGGACGGACCUGAGGGACCCAAGGGCAGAGCAGGCCCCAACGGAGAGUCUGGCCCUGUGGGUGGUGCUGGAGAGAAGGUAAAGGCUUUAUUCUCACCCUCUCUUUGUCCUGUUAAGGUGAAUCUGUUAGCAGCAUAUUCCCUCAAGCCUGUGGAAAUACUUUAAUUUCAUUUUACAGUACAGCUGUUUGAAACAGGAAGAAUUCUCUGCACACUUCCAGUCAGAUGCACAUUUCUAAGCUUUCGGUCAGUCGAACUUCAUGUACGACUGUCUACCAAUACAUUGUGCUCAUUCAAGUAUUAGUGUACGUUGACUUUUUUGUUGUCUUCAGGGAAAACUGGGUGUUCCAGGGUUACCCGGCUACCCAGGAAGACAAGGACCAAAGGUAUGUAAACAAACCCACUCUGUGAUGCCUAUGAGGAUUUCUGGGAAAACUUUAAUGAAAAACCUCCCACAAUACCCAGUUAAUCUCAGUUAUCACACCAAACGCCUACACUCCAGAACCCCUUCUGGUUUCCAGGUACAACUAUUUUGGGUUCCAUGUAGAACCCUCUGUGUAAAGGGUUCUACAUGGAACUCAAAAGGGGUUCUACCUGGAACCAAAGGGGUUCUACUUGGAACCAAAAAUGAUUCUUCAAAGGGUUCUCCAAUGGGGACAGCCGAAGAACCCUUUUAGGUUCUAGAUAGCACCUUUUUUUUUUCUAAGAGUGUAGGAAGGAAUUUCCUGAUGUCAGACAGACAUGAUUGUUCCUUGAAGAACGUUCAGGGAUUUUUCAUUAGGGUUGUUUUCAAUAGAUACCAAUGAUCUAAUAUGGAGGUAUUGUUGAUAGUGCCUGUCAGUUUCACUCAGAAUUCUUCUUACACCCAGAAACCAAGAAGGCAUCUUGUGUCCACAGAGACAUAGAUGGUGCACAAAACUCCCUCUUGUAACCCUGAGGAUUACAGUGACGUACAGUCAAACACAGACAUAUAGAUUUGGUCAUCAGCAUCACGUCCCCUAACAGGAAGUACAUGUCCUAGUACUUCAUCCUUUCCUCACACAUCACAUCCAACAAUAUGCUGUUCAGCAAUCCCACUGUUAAUACGGAUUAAAAGACUACAAUCAUUAUGCUGGGAGAUUGUGUGGCAUUCCGUGAGGUGGUGUCUAAUAGAUACUCUGUAGGGCUAAUUUACGCCUGAGAGCUAUCAGAAGCUGGAUUUUUAUAAAGUGAACUGUUGAAGCGUUGCCAUGGUUGCGUGAAAGCACAGCCUCUGGGUUUAGAGUUAUGGCAGUUUUAUAGUGAGAGGUUUGUCCAUCAAGCGCUCAGUGUUUGGUCCCAUCUAUUUCCAGCUCAGUAUGUUGAGCUUCAGCUCGCCUCAUGACUUUGUGAAUUCAGGCCUAGAAAAUAUGGGGAAGUAAAACGCUGUAUUGAUUUCAUGUUUGAAUGCUUUCGUGAACACCAGGACUGAAGUAGACGGGUAAGCUGGUUUUGAAUCUCGCCUACACAACAAACAGCCAUAAUUAGAAACCAGACUGUCUUCAUAGAACUGUUUGUGUCUGUUUACAUGUUUACCCAAAUCAAUGGUUUUCUUUUAUUGUUGUCUGGCGGCUGUUCCAUGUUCUCGUUUUCUCUGAGCUGACGUGUGAUAUGUUAUCUCAAAGAAUGUUUACAAAGACAUCAUGAUUUUUGAAGUCUUCACAAACAAAGGGUGUGUGCGUGUGUGCAUGUGUGCGUGUGUGCAUGCGUUACAUUGCCAUACCAUAUUAACUUUCUUUUGUAUCACAUUCGUAUCUUAUUAUUCUGAUGGUGAUGUCAUGAGCUUGUGAUCGUUCAGCUGAGGAGCGUUCUGUUCUCUGUGUUUGUCUGUUUUCCCACGGCACAGUGCAGGCUGGGUACAGACCCAUUAUAUGAUGGAGCUCUCUGUCUCCUGCAUUCUAACAGAGGUUGACAGUCAACAACAACAACAACUGAAAAGCAAAACCCUCUCAAAUAAUUCCUCAUCUUGAUUACUGACCCUCUUCUUUUCUCUCUCUCCGUCCUCCUCUCUGGAAUCCACCUUGUUGAUCGGCAGGGUUCCAGCGGCUUCCCAGGCUUCCCAGGGGCCAACGGAGAGAAAGGAGCCAGGGUAAAUAAAUAGUCCCUUCCCUGUUUCUGUUUCUGUUAUGGCACUCACACACACUGUAUCAUAACACCACCCAAAGGACAUUGAUUCCUGUUACAAAAGCAUUUGAACGUAGAGUUUGCACAAAAUACAACCUCCAAGAAUCAAUGUAAAACAGAAAAACAAGAAACUGUUGUUUGCUCUCAAAAGAUUCUCUUUCCCUUUCCGAUCAUGAAAAGAAAGAAUGUCAUACUCACCUAGAGUGUUUUAGCACAGACCUGGGAACAACUGACUGAGGGAAGUUUAGGCUGGAUUGAUCUUGAGGUUUUUGUCUAAAUUAAAAAUGUCUAAACUUGUCUGUACUUUCCAAAGGGCGUGGUGGGCAAAACCGGUCCAAGGGGACAAAGAGGUCCAACGGUAUGUCCUCCCACCUCACAGUACUGAGAAUGAAUGAAAUAACUAAUUUGUAAUUUUUUUUGUAUUCUUGUCACAUUCAUUCACAUUCGGUUAUUGUAUGAAGUCUUACCUGAUGGUAUAUCAGUGUGUAUUCUGAACUCUGUCCUCUCCCGUCUCACAGGGUACACGAGGAGGUCGAGGUGCUAGAGGUUCAACAGGCAAGCCAGGCCCUAAGGUAACUACCCUCUCAACUUGACAAACUCCUAGAUAGACCACAUACCUUAAUGAUAAUAUGGUAAUAGCGUUGGAAAUACCCACGUGACUGGUAAUACCUACAGUAUAUAACUGGUAAUAUCUGUGUAACAGAUGUGUCAUCAUUACGGCGUCAACUCGGGUAGCAGUAGAAUAUCUGAUGCUGAUUUCCUGUCUGUUGUGUUUCGCAGGGCACAGCGGGCAACGAUGGUCCACCUGGCCCGCCUGGCGAGAGAGUAAGUCCCAUAAGGCACUGCUUCCGAGGGGGGACGGGUUAUGGUCCGGGGUAUGGGGCUGACCCCUCAAUAAUGAAAUAUGAAAUGGCUUGGAAUACGAAGCAGUUCAGGCAGUUACACCUCUGAUUCCCCCAGGGUAGUUCUAACUGCCUGUCUGACAUCGUGGUAGGGUUGGAAUAAAGAGUGAUAGGUCUGACCUGGACUCAUGGUGUUCACCACUGGAAGCGAGGAAGCUAUUAUACAUUAAUGAUGUCACUGAUGGUUGUUCGCUGUUGGAGGCAAGAGCUAAUCUGGGUACUGGGCCCCUCCCUCUCUCUCUCUCUCUCUCUCUCUCUCUCUCUCUCUCUCUCUCUCUCUCUCUCUCUCCUCUUCCCCUCUCUCUCUCUCUCUCUCUAUCCUCCUCUCUCUCUCUCUCGUCUCAUCCUCUCUCUCUCGUCUCGUCUCUCUCUCGAUCUCUCUCUCCUCAUCUCUCCUCUCUCUCCCACAGACCAACCAACUACACACCCACACACCACACCCUACAACACCACAUCCUACCACCCAUGCCACACACCCAACUACACCACACCCUACCAUACCACACCACAACCUACUACACCACACCCUACCACACCAUACCACACCAAACCUCACACCCAACCCGACCACACCAACACACUACAACCAUCACACCCUACCACCACCACACCACACCUCAACCCACCACACCCACCAACAAACCUACCUCCACAACCCUACCACACCUCACCCUACCACACCACACCACACACUACCAACCCAUACCACACCUUAUCACACCCACACCCUACCACACCACACUCCCCACAACACCCCUACCACACCCGGUCAAAACACAGCCUACCACACCCAGCCACAACACACCCUACCACACCCAGCCACACCAAAACAAACCCUACCACAACCUACGACAUCACACUCAACCACACCCUAACGCAUCGCACACUACCACACAACACCCUAAAACACCACACCCUACCAAACCCUACCACAACAAACCCUAAAACACCCUACCACACCACACCACACACUACCAACCCAUACCACACCCUAUCACACCCAAACCCUACCACACCACAGCCUACAACAACACACCCUAAAUCACCACACCCUACCAUACCCAGCCACACCCUAUCACACCCACACCCUACCAAACCACACUCUAACACACCACACCACACCCUACCAUACCCUACCACAUGCUACCACACACUACCACACCCAACGAAACCCAGGAGAACAAACACCCCCAAAGAACACACCAAACCACACAUACCAACACAUACCCGACCACAAACCGAACCAAACACGAUACAACACCCGACACCUACACAGGACACCCACAAAAACCCGACACACACCCAGCCACCACACAUACCAAACACCCAACACCAACCCACCUAACAACCCCUAAAUACCACACCACACCAACACCACAUACACACCAAACCCUACCAACACACACCACACCUAAAACACAACACCACACAACACUAUACACAAACCCAACCACAAAACCACACCCUACACACACCACAACCACAACCAUACACACCAACCCUACCAACAACAUACCACACCACACCCAAACUACCAAACCACACCCUACACCCAACCACACCACACCCUACCACACUACACCCUACCAUACCACACCCUAAAACAUCACACCACAACCUACCACAGCAUAUCCUACCACACUACACUACUCCCUACCACACCCUACCACACCACACUCUACCAUACCACACCCUACCACACCACAUCCUACCACACUACACUACACCUUACCACACCACACCCUACCACACCACAUCAGACCACAACGACAACACCCACCCAAUCAUGUCCGGCCAGACCCAGCCACAUCAGAUCAGGCAGCAGCAUAAUCUCUGAGGCUGGCAGAACUUCUGGUUGUCCGGGCGGAUUGUCUGCCACGUUACUAUUGGGAGCAUCUCAUUGCUAAGACUGCUUCCAUUCUCUGAUUGCCUCUCUGUUUAUUCCAGGGACCUCAAGGACCCCAGGGCCCCGUCGGGUUCUCAGGACCAAAAGGCCCCCCUGUAAGUAUCCUCUCACUGGUGUCAUUUCUAGGUUAAAGGAAAGCAAUGCAGCUAUGUAGGGUGGGCUAUGUAUUUGACUGUGUCCCUGAUUGGGUGUGGUAAUCAUUACUGUUAUUGAAGCAGAACCCUGUUUCUCAUCUUCUUCUGGCCAGAAGUGUUCUUUUCCUCCUAUUGAUUUGUGCUUGAUUCAUAGUUUCGACUUAACCUUUGCCGAUAGUCAGUCCUGUUUCCGCUUUGCUCGAAAACAGAACAAGGCGUUACUGUGGAGGACGGACAGUUUUUAGUAAAGUUUAAAAAUAGUUAUACUUUGAUAUAUUUUCCAUGUAUUUGUCAUAGAACAAGAAAACUGAUUUACUUUUGGUCAACACACCACAAAUACUACGAGAACCCACCAUUAGAUGUGGAGUAGGUUUUCCCCUCUUUCACGUAUUAGUCAUUGAUAGAGUCUAUGUUCUCUGUGUGGUUCCCAGGGACCACCUGGAAAGGACGGGCUGCCCGGCCACCCUGGUCAGAGAGGAGAGACGGUGAGUGUUCCAGAACACGCCCCUCUUUAGAACCUUCGCACACAUGGGCUCACCAGGCCAGCGGUCUCAGACAGACAGCUUCUGCCGGGUGUGGAAACAUAAGACUUCCUCUGCUCUCUCGGGGGGGGCGGAAGACCCUUCCUGACUAGUCUCCUCAAGUCUGCAUGCUUUUAUAGCACCAGGAGCUCAGGUGUUGGACAGCUCGCUGUUAGUCUGCAGAAACACAGACUUUAUUUUCUGGUUAACCUUGAGGAGGUCUGGCCAGUCGGUGAUAGCUAGCUGAUGGGUGCCCAUUCGUCUCUCUUACAGAUGUCUGUUUUAUCAACCCAGGCCCUUAGAGCAAGAAGGCAGAUCUGAUGCAGAGUGAGAGAGAGAGAGAGAUUCCAAUGAAGCCCUUUGAACUUAAUUGAAUUUAAUUGAGAGAAGGAGAGAGAGAGAGAGAGAGGAGAGAGAGAGAGAGAGAGAGAGAGAGAGAGAGAGAGAGAGAGAGAGAGAGAGAGGAGAGAGAGAGAGAGAGAGAAGAGAGAGAGAGAGAGAGAGAGAGAGAGAGAGAGAGAGAGAGAGAGAGACCAAGAAUUCCAUCCAAUAAUUCACAAAAUGGGACAAACACCAAAUUGAGACUAUUCAUGCAGAAUUCUGAAAAAUAAUCUCCUCUGUGUACAACGAAAAACACAAAAUAAUUCAUGCAGAACAGAAUUAGACUGAUACGCUCUAAUUAUCAAAAUCUAGAAAAGAGACGUUCAAUUCUAUAAGCACUUAAAAGGAAGCGAUUUUCAAAUCUUCCAUAACAAAGCCAUCACCUACAGAGAGAUGAACUUGGAGAAUAUUCCCCUAAGCAAGCUGGUCCUGGGGCUCUGUUCACAAACACAAACAGACCACACAGAGCCCCAGCACAACAACACAAUUAGAUCCAACCAAAUCAUGAGAAAACAAAAAGAGAAUUACUUGACACAUUGGAAAGAAUUAACAAAAAAAACAGAGCAAACUCGAAUGCUAUUUGGCCCUAACCAGAGAGUACACAGUGGCAGAAUACCUGAUCACUGUGACUGACCCAAACUUAAGGAAAGCUUUGACUAUGUACAGACUCAGUGAGCAUAGCCUUGCUAUUGAGAGAGGCCGCCGUAGGCAGACCUGGCUCUCAAGAGAAGACAGGCUAUGUGCACACUGCCCACAAAAUGAGGUGGAAACUGAGCUGCACUUCCUAACCUCCUGCCAAAUGUAUGACCAUAUUAGAGACACAUAUUUCCCUCAAAUGACACAGAUCCACAAAUAAUUAGAAAACAAACCCAUUUUUGAUAAACUCCCAUAUCUAUUGGGUGAAAUACCACAGUGUGGCAUCACAGCUGCAAGAUUUGUGACCUGUUGCCACAAGAAAAGGGUAACCAGUGAAGAACAAACACCAUUAUAAACACAACCCAUAUUUAUGUUUAUUUAUUUUCCAUUUGUAAUGUAACUAUUUGCACAUUGUUACAACACUGUAUAUAUACAUCAUAUGACAUUUGAAAUGUCUUUAUUCUUUUGGAACUUCUGAGUAUGAUGUUUACUGUUAAUAUGUAUUGUUUAUUUCACUUUUGUUUAUUAUCUACUUCAUUUGCUUUGGCAAUGUACACAUAUGUUUCCCAUGCCAAUAAAGCCCUUAAAUUGAAAUUGAGAGAGCGAGAGAGAGACAGAGUGAGAGCUCGACAUCUCUCUGUCUCUCUCUUUCUCUUUAUGGUUCUCUCUGUCUCUUUCUGGUUCUCUCUCUCUCUCUGUCUCUCUCUGAUUCUCUCUCUCUCUCUGUCUCUCUCUGUCUCUCUCUGGUUCUCUCUGGUUCUCUCUGUCUCUCUCUGGUUCGCUCUGUCUCUCACUGUCUCUCUCUGGUUCUCUCUGGUUCUCUCUGCCUCUUUCUGUCUCUCUCUGGUUCACUCUGUCUCUCUCUGGUUCUCUCUGUCUCUCUCUGGUUCUCUGUCUCUCUCUGGUUCUCUCUGUCUCUCUCUGGUUCUCUCUGUUCUCUCUGUUCUCUCUGGUUCUCUCUGUUUCUCGUCUCUCUGGUUCUCUCUGUCUCUCUCUGGUUCUCUCUGUCUCUCUGGUUUCCUUGUCUCUCUCUGGUUCUCUCUGUCUCUCUCUGGUUCUCUCUGUCUCUCUCUGGUUCUCUCUGUCUCUCUCUGGUUCUCUCUGUCUCUCUCUGGUUCUCUCUGUCUCUCUCUGGUUCUCUCUGUCUCUCUCUAGUUCUCUCUGUCUCUCUCUGGUUCGCUCUGUCUCUCUCUUGUUCGCUCUGUCUCUCUCUGGUUCUCUCUGUCUCUCUUUGGUUCUCUCUGUCUCUCUCUGUCUCUCUCUGGUCUCUCUCUGGUCUCUAUGUCUCUCUCUGGUUAUCUCGGUCUCUCUCUGGUUCUCUCUUUCUCUCUCUGUCUCUCUCUGGUUCUCUCUGUCUUUCCCUGUCUCUCUGUGGUUCUCCUCUUUCUCUUCCUCUCGUCUCUUGUCUCUCUCUGGUUCUCUCUCUCUGCUCUCUGUCUCUUGGUUCACUCUGUCCUCUCUCUGGUCUCUCUGUCUCUCUGGUUCUUCUGUCUCUGUCUCUCUCUGUUCUCUCUGUUCUUUCCCUGUCUCUCUCUGGUUCUCUCUGUCUCUCUCUGGUUCUCUCUGUCUCUCUCUGGUUCUCUCUGUCUCUCUCUGGUUCUCUGUCUCUCUCUGUCUCUCUCUGGUUCUCUGUCUCUCUCUGGUUCGCUCUGUCUCUCUCUGUCUCUCUCUGUCUUUCACUGUCUCUCUCUGGUUUCUUUCUUCUCGUUCUCUGUUCUCUUGUCUCUCUCUGGUUCUCCUCUGUUCUCUCUGUCUCUGGUUCUCUCUCUGUCUCUCUCUGUGUUCUCUCUUCUGUCUCUCUGUCUCUCUCUGGUUCUCUCUGUCUCUCUCUGGUUCUCUCGUCUCUCUCUGGUCUCUCUCUUCUGUCUCUCUGUCUCUCUGGUUCUCUCUCUGGUCUCUGUCUCCUGGUUCUCUCUGUCUCUCUCUGUUCUCUCUCUGGUUCUCUGUCUCUCUCUGGUUCUGCUCCUCUGUCCGCUCUCUGUUCUCUCUGUCUCUCUCUGUCUUUUCCCUCUGUUCUCUCUGUCCUCUCUGGUUCUCUCUGUCUCUCUCUGGUUCUCUCUGUCUCUCUCUGGUUCUCUCUGUCUCUCUCUGGUUCUCUCUGUCUCUCUCUGGUUCUCUCUGUCUCUCUCUGGUUCUCUCUGUCUCUCUCUCUGGUUCGUCUCUCUUCUUCUCCUGUUUCCUUCUCUUUGGUUCUCUCUGUCUCUCUCUGGUUCUGGUUCUCUCUGUCUCGUCUCUGUUUCUCUCUGGUCUCUCUCUGGUUCGCUCUGGUUCUCUCUUCUUGGUUCCUCUGUCUCUCUCUGGUUCUCUCUGUCUUCUUUGGUUUCUUCGUCUCUGUCUCUCUCUGUCUCUCUCUGGUCCUCUCUCUUGGUCCUCUGUCUCUCUCUGGUUAUCUCGGUCUCUCUCUGGUUCUCUCUUUCUCUCUCUGUCUCUCUCUGGUUCUCUCUGUCUUUCCCUGUCUCUCUGUGGUUCUCUCUGUCUCUCUCUGUCUCUCUCUGGUUCUCUCUGUCUCUCUCUGGUUCACUCUGUCUCUCUCUGGUCUCUCUGUCUCUCUGGUUCUCUCUGUCUCUCUCUCGUUCUCUCUGUCUUUCCCUGUCUCUCUGUGGUUCUCUCUGUCUCUCUCUGGUUCUCUCUGUCUCUCUCUGUCUCUCUCUGGUUCUCUGUCUCUCUCUGGUUCUCUCUGUCUCUCUCUGGUUCUCUGUCUCUCUCUGUCUUUCUCUGGUUCUCUCUGUCUCUCUCUUUCUCUCUCUGUCUCUCUCUGGUUCUCUCUGUCUCUCUCUGUCUCUCUGUGGUUCUCUAUGUCUCUCUCUGGUUCUCUUUGUCUCUCUCUGUCUCUCUGGUUCAUUCUGUCUCUCUCUGGUUCUCUCUGUCUCUCUCUGUCUCUCUUUGUCUCUCUCUCUGGUUCUCUCUGUCUCUCUCUGGUUCUCUCUGUCUCUCUCUGUCUCUCUCUGGUUCUCUCCGUCUCUCUGUCUCGCUCUGGUUCUGUCCGUCUCUCUCUGUCUAUCUCUGUCUCUCUAUGGUUCUCUCUGGGCCAGGUCCUUCAGGAGGAUGAAUUUAUGUGAUGUUGGAGAGAGAGCGCCUGACAUGUCUGAUAGAGCGAAACACAUUCUGCGCUCACAGACUAGACUACCCCAGAGAUCCCCAACACACACAGACACAAGCCUGUCUUAUUGCAGCCAGGGAGUCUAGUCUAUCUUCCCUGCUGGGUCAAUUCAAAUUGAAGGCACUCAAUUCAGGAAGUGAUUUUAAUAAAAAAUUCAAAAAUGUAAAACUUUUGAAAGAAAUAGCUUCUACUUUAUUAAAGUCAUUAUAUUUUCAAUGAUUGAAUUGGAAUUUAAGUUUACUUCCUCAAUUGACUGCCUUUAAUUUGAAUUGACCCCAACCCUGCUUUCCAGGUUGUUGUGGAAAACAGUAAAUACAUCCAGACAGCUGUGUUCCAGGCCUUAAAUAAACUAAGUUAAAGUUGAAUAGACUGAUUCUGUAUUUUAACAAGCAUAGCAUAAUAACAGCAUGGAACACAGGAGAGAAUUACCCUAACAUGAUGAACACGGCAUGAACAGUGCAUCUCUCCGCAUAUCCCACUGUUCUCCUUUUAGAGUUUAUUCAGCAAAGCUUUGCAUUCAUCCCUCUCCAUUAUAUUAUCCUCACAGGGCAGUAAAAGCUGCUAACAGCUCCACAGAGCAGGGAGCACCCCCAGUCGUUAAAUUUUACGCUCAAUUUGUUGUUCCCAACCCAAGUGACACAUUAGCUGAGGCGCUGGUUUUAUUACCUGGUAACAGGAUGGGGGAGUGGCUAAUAGCAGAAUUGAUCGCAGCAAUAAGAUGUUCCAGUCUCCCAGGCCCUAGGCAGUGGGCAUGGAUCCAUCCACCCAGCUUCCCUGGACCUAGGCAGUGGGCAUGGAUCCAUCCACCCAGCUUCCCUGGCCCUAGGCAGUGGGCAUGGAUCCAUCCACCCAGCUUCCCUGGCCCUAGGCAGUGGGCAUAGAUCCAUCCACCCAGCUUCCCUGGCCCUAGGCAGUGGGCAUGGAUCCAUCCACCCAGCUUCCCUGGCCCUAGGCAGUGGGCAUAGAUCCAUCCACCCAGCUUCCCUGGCCCUAGGCAGUGGGCAUAGAUCCAUCCACCCAGCUUCCCUGGCCCUAGGCAGUGGGCAUGGAUCCAUCCACCCAGCUUCCCUGGCCCUAGGCAGUGGGCAUUGA